AUUUUACAUCGAUCUCUUAAGAAGACACAAAUUGAACCAGUUUUACGUAUUUUUAGUCAUUUGAACGUCUCUUACUUCCUUUGGUUGAUAUAAACAGGGCGUUCGUGCAAUAAUCGCUACAUUUCAGUUCUCAAGAUUCGGUUUUUCGAGUUAACGUUAAUUCGAUGAGUGCGAUCAUGCCACGUGGCCUGGUACCAGCUAUCGGUUACACGACCAUUGUAGAAAAUUUUUGAUUCAGUCAGACAACGGUAGAUGGCAGACCGUGAUAACGCAUAUCGCGGUGCUGUCAUCUGGAGCCUAGGUAAGAACGAGCGGCGUCCUGAUGAGUGAUAUAGAUGGGUUGCGUGCUGCUGCCAGCCAUAAUACAUCAAAGAGCGGGAUUCAGGUUCUCGAAAGAAAUUGAGGAAGUCUUGAGAUUGUGAAGUUGAUAAAAAAAAGGUGGAAGGCUUCAUCGAAAAUUCAGUCUCAUUGAGGUGCUGAAUAACAACGGAAUACUUCUAGUCCGAUAUUCUGUCGAAUUAAAAUAAUAAACAUGUCCGACGAGAAGAAGGAUACGAAUAAGGCCGAGUCCGAGCACAUUAAUCUUAAAGUACUGGGACAGGAUAGUGCGGUAGUACAGUUUAAAAUCAAGAAACAUACCCCGCUUCGCAAACUAAUGAAUGCUUAUUGUGACCGUGUGGGCCUUGCAAUAGCUGCGGUGAGAUUUAGAUUCGAUGGACAACCGAUUAACGAAUUUGAUACACCAACGACUUUGGAGAUGGAGGAAGGAGACACUAUAGAAGUUUAUCAGCAGCAAACGGGAGGAACGUGUUGAGUUCGCUCUUUACUACUUUAAGGUUGUUCUAAGAAAGAUGGACUAAGUGAAUACCCAUGUUUUCCUUCUGCGGUGGUCAAUUAUUUAAUAUCAUUCAUAUCCGUUUUAUUUUUAAUCCUUUGAUCCAUCGUCGAUGCGUGAAACUUAGUUUUGUACUAACUUGAAUAAGUGCCACACUAUUGUAUGUAAUGGAAAAAUUGCAGGUAAAAUACUUUUGGAGGAUACCAAGAAAGUAAAAGAAAACAAGAAAAAAAAAUAAAAUAAAGAAGGAACAAUUAACGAAACAAAUCGAACAUGAAACAUGAUGGAAAAGAAUAGAGAAAAAAAUUACACAAAGUGAUUAAUCAAAUGUUACAAUGAAAACAAUAUUAUAGCCUAACAUAAAAUAACGCGUUGCGUUAUUUCACUCAUUUGUUUUACUUUCAUCAAUCGUGAAAUUUUCCGUUUGCGAGAAGCGUUGUUGAUAGUAGCAAUGUACCAAAUGAGUAAUCAUUCGAGUAGAGUAAAUUUAGCCCAAGCGCUCAAAAUGAACGUCUUAUUUUUUUUUCUCCGUUUUCUUCGUUUUUCUUUCGAAUUCAUCAACAAUGUGUAAUUGCAGCAAUAAUUUCUUAACGGCCAUACAUACAAAUGCAUAUACGUCGACGGAUUAUUGCUGGACUCCUAAAAAUAGGCAGGUCAACCUUAAAUUGAGGUAGAAAUCUUUGCGUAACGCGUUCCAUGUAAAUUCUAUCUAUUAUAUGAUGUAAGAUGUAAUGCAGUUCAUGUUUUACUUAAUAAAUUCCAAUUUUUUUACA